AAUAUGAUAUCAUUUUCGACAAGGCAGCGAAAGCGUUGACAAUUUUAUUUUUGUUGGUUUGUCAUUUUUGAGCUGUUUCUUCCGUCUUUUGUAUUUGCCGCUUUAAGAUUAUACAGCUAUUUAGCUAUGUAGUUUUGUCAGCUCAAAUUUAAUGCUGAGAGAUUACUUAAAAAAAUGGGAUAUUCACAAUAAUAGAAUGCAGAACUCUAUACAUACAUAUACUACUAUUCAAUGAUUCAAAAAGAUUCUUUCGUGUGGGCUACAGUCUACACUUGGCUUUUCAAAAAGGUUGGGUCAUGUUCAACUUUUAGCCACCGGUCAUUCUUUCAUCGACCACACUUAAAAUCAGAUUUAUUAUUCUUUCUCUUUGGCUUUGAAUUUUCCAAUUUUCUCUUGCUGUUUUCCUUUUAGUUGUUCACACCCUAUCCUAAAAAGGAGUACAUAAGAUUCAUAUUUUAUAUAAAUGUUAUAUUUUAACUUUUAGGCCUAAAGUGCGGUAUUUCUGUUUAUAGUCAAUGGAAUGAUUGUUACAUGUUUGGAGUUUUAUAUAAAGUGAAGCAGUGUCUUGUAACUAUAAUAGCCUGGAAGCAGAGUGUGCAGUCAUGACAAUUGGUGAUGAAUCUGGGGUUACUGGGAACGUGAGGCAUGAGGGGAAGAAUGUAGCAGUGCUAGUUUGCUGGAUUCUGGGAUUGGGUUCCCUUGUUUCUUGGAAUAGUAUGCUCACCAUUGCAGACUACUAUUAUGCAUUAUUUCCAAAUUACCAUCCUUCUCGGGUACUUACCCUUGUUUAUCAACCCUUUGCUGUUGGAACAAUGGCAAUACUAGCAUACAAUGAAGCCAAAAUUGAUACCAGAAAGCGGAAUUUGUUUGGUUACACUCUCUUCUUCGCAAGUACCUUCCUUCUCAUAGUUGUUGACUUGGCCACAAGCGGGAGAGGUGGAGUAGGGCCUUAUGUAGGAAUAUGUGUACUUGUUGCUGCCUUUGGGAUUGCAGAUGCCCAUGUUCAAGGUGGAAUGGUGGGAGACCUGGCUUUCAUGCUACCCGAAUUCAUGCAGUCAUUUUUUGCUGGCUUGGCUGGAUCAGGUGUUCUAACCUCUGUCUUGAGGUUAGUCACAAAAGCAGCCAUGGAAAAAACUGAGCAUGGCCUUCGCAAAGGAACUUUGUUAUUUUUAGCAAUCGCCAGCUUCUUCGAGUUCCUCUGCAUUCUUCUAUACGCAUUUGUGUUUCCUAAGCUUCCAAUUGUGAGGUACUUCCGCAAGAAAGCAGCCUCAGAAGGAUCGAAAACUGUGGCAGCUGAUCUCGCAGCUGCUGGAGACGGCCAAGGGAUCAACCAAGAUAACUCCAAAUUCUCACAACGAUUGAGCAAUAAGCAACUAAUCUUACAGAACAUCGAUUACUGCUUGGACUUGUUCCUAAUUUAUGUGUUGACUUUGUCUAUUUUUCCUGGUUUCUUGUAUGAAAAUACUGGAACACACAACUUGGGUUCAUGGUAUCCACUUGUACUAGUGGCUAUGUACAACUUGUUGGAUUUCAUAUCGAGAUACAUUCCUCUUGUGAAGUGUUUGAAGUUGGAAUCGAGAAAGGGACUUUCGAUUGCGAUUAUUAGUCGUUUCUUGUUCGUUCCUGCGUUUUAUUUCACUGCAAAAUAUGGUGACCAGGGAUGGAUGAUAAUGCUCAUCUCUUUAUUGGGGUUAACCAAUGGUUACCUCACUGUUUGUGUUCUUACCGCAGCACCAAAGGGUUACAAGGGGCCUGAGCAAAAUGCUUUGGGAAAUAUCCUUGUGGUGUUUCUUCUUGGAGGAAUAUUCGCAGGAGUUGCUCUUGAUUGGUUAUGGAUCAUUGGGAAUGGCUCAUUCUAAGGAGAGCAUUAUUUAAGUGUUCUCUAGACAUAAAUGUACAUAAGCUAGCAUAAUAAACAGGGGAACCUUUUGGCAGUAGCCUACUUGCAAAUUAUGUUCAAUGUUUUAAGUUUGUAGUUAGGGCAUCAAUUGUGGAUGUUUUUCAUUUAACUUACAAGGAAUGUAGUGCUUUGAAUAUUGAAGAGUCCAUAAUUUCAAGCUUGAUUCCCAUAGCUAUUUGGGUGAAAUGAUUUAUAAAAGAAAUUAAAGAAAUGAAGCAUAAUAGUCAUAGAUUUGACAGUGUACCUUCUUAUGUAUUUAUAUAUUUUGAAUAAUAUUGUAAUGACUGUUUACUACGGCUGAAUAUUAUUCAUUACAA